UGGUGCCGGGAGGAGGGAGGUUGUGGCGGAGUUCGUCAACGGUGUUUCGCUGCCCGGAAAGUUCAAAAGUUUGGUUGGGGGGAAAAACAACAAAGUCCGUACAUUCAGUCUCUCGCACCAUCUCUGUCUGGAGAACUAAAUAUACAGCUUAUUCUGGAGUUAGCCAUGAAGAGCUUGAAGUCACGGCUGAAGAAGCACGAAGUGACUCACAGCACAUUGGACUGGAGCAAGUAUGACGACCGUUUGCUGAAGGCAGUGGAAAAGGGAGAUGUGGACAAAGUUACGUCUGUGCUGGCGAAGAGAGGGGUCACCCCAACCAAGCUGGAUGUGGAGGGCAGAUCUGCCUUCCACGUUGCAGCAGCGAAAGGAGAUGUCCCCUGCAUCAAUGCUAUGCUCUCCCACGGUGUCGACGUCGCGGCAACGGACGCUGCAGGACGAAGUGUGUUACAUCUCACUGCUAAAAGUGGACAGUCACUGUGUUUGCAACGGUUACUCCAGCAAGAUUGCCCUGUUGACACCAUAGACCACGAAGGUAAAUCUGCCCUUCACGAUGCAGCUGUUGCUGGGUGUGCGUCGUGUGUGAAGCUCCUCUUGGACCAUGGAGCUGUUGUCAAUGUCAAAGAUCAGGACGGAAGGACCCCUCUGCUGCUGGCUGCCCAAGCGUGUCAUCCUGCGGCAUGCCGGCUCUUGCUGGAUCGCGGAGCAGAAAUCAACUCCAGGGAUAAAGAAAGCAGGACGGCACUGAUGCUGGGCUGCAAGUCGGGUUGCAAGGAGGUAGUGGAGGUCCUGCUAAACCACGGAGCGGACGUGAGUCUGACAGAUCAGCACGGGCACCAGUGUGUCCACUAUGCACAGCUCUCUAAAAUCCCCGAGGUGUUGACUUUGAUCAGAGCUGCGGUGGAGAAGACGGUGAAAGCGAGAGAAUCAAGUAUGAAAUUACACCUACCGUCGCAGGCUGCUGAAAUGCCACAGAAGUUAGACGCAAGACAUCAUCCAGCUGAAACCAGUUUGCUAUUCAGUCAGAAGGAGCAGCGCUCCAUAAAGGAGCUUCAGAGUGAAAAUGAAGAUCUUAAGGGAAAGUUGAAAAAACUCCAUCACGAGCAGAAGAUCUUCCUGGAGAGGGUGAGCGGACUUCAGAAACAACUGAACCAGGAGUGCAAGUCAUCGGGAGAGCUUCAGAAUGAGAAGCAACAGCUGAAGAAUUUACUGAAGGCACGAGACCGAGAACAGGAGGACAAUUUGAAGAUGCUCGAGAACCUGAAAGCAAAGCUUAAAACUUAUGAGACUGGCCAUUUGUAUGAACAGAUGACACCUGGCAUCCAGGUGGCAAAAGAAGAACUGGCUCCAAAGGAAGUUAACCUUCCGAGUGUUGAGUCGCAACAAACAUCCACAUCAGCUGUCAGUUCAAAUGAUAAGCUGUUGACUGAUGAGAGCGUGGCUGGUGAACAUGAGGGUUUGAAGAAGGAUCUGGAGAUAAUGAGGAGGAUGCUUGAGAUGUCGAAGAAGGAGAAGGGAAGUCUUCAGCAAGAGCUACUGAGCAGGAGUAAGCAGUGUGACGCUCUGAGAGAGGAGUGUGACCGUGUGAAGCAGGAAUCGGAGGAGCAGAUCGGGCAGCUGGAGGACGCGCUGAGUGACGUGCAGAAACGAAUGUUUGAGUCAGAGGGCAAGGUGAAAGUUCUCCAAGCUCACGUCAUCGCCUUGAAGGAGCACCUUUCCAAGCAGGGCUCGGUGGGCAGUGGGAGGGCGGUGGAGGAGCUUCGAAAUCAGCUGAGGGAAGUGAAAGCCAAGCACGAGGAAGCUGUGGCCAACGUGGAGAGGCUGCAGCACCAAAUCAGGCUCGGCACUUUGCAGAUUGAAGAAUCGGCUGAGGUAGCGAAGGUGGAGCAGUACAGGAGGGAGGUGGAAGAGCUACAGAAGGCCGUGAGCACGGCAGAACAAAGGAAGCAGGAGGCAGAGCGAAGGGCCAGCGGCCUUGAAAGUGAACUGAAGAGUGUCAAAGCCAAGCUGUCACAGUACGUGCCAGCUGAGGAGUUUGAGAACAUGAGGAACUCGUUCCUCAGUACUUUGGAAGAGAAGGAGAAGAAGGUGGCAUCAGUGCAGAGUGACUAUGAGAGGGCUCAGUUGGAAGUUACUCAACUGCAGAAGGACUUGGAGCAAGAGAGAGCUCAGACCGCAGCAUGUGUGAAGGCGGAACAGUACCAAUUGCUGAGAAGAACGUUAGAGAGCCAGAGUGGUACUCUUACUGAUGUUACACAGAAGCACCAGCGGUUGCAGAAGGAGAAUGAAGCUGUUCAGCAAGAGAAUGCUGCCGUCAAAGCUGAGCUGGAGGAGUUGACUCUCAAGCUGAAAACGCAUUAUGUACCCUUGACAAUGCAUGACACCAUGAAAUCCUCACUCAACCAGACUAUUGAAGAUCUGAACAAGCAAGUGUCUGAGGCAUCACAAAGGUACAAAGAUGCUUUGACAGAAGCAGAAACACUGAAAGUUGAGAGGGAUGCCCUAAGCAAAAAUCUUAAUCACGUGACGACUCAGUAUAUUCCUGCGGAGAAGCACAAGGAGGAGAUAACGGCUCUGAAUUCUAUCGUUGGCACGUCAAAGACGGAGCUGGAAGAUCUGAGUAAGAAGUAUGGCCAGGCACAACAGCAGACUGAGAAUGUACUGAUAGAAUUAGCUGCCGUGAAAGACUCAUUGAAGAAUCAGUAUGUGUCACUGGAGAAGCAUGAGAAACUGAAAUCCCAGCUGAACACCACCUCAGAGAAGGCUACGAUGGAGCUGUCGGCAGUGAGACAGAAAUGCAGUGAAGUGGAGGGUGAGCUGGCAAAGCGUGAGAAUGAAAACCGUGAUCUGAAAGAGCAGUUGGCAGUCCUUCAAGGUGAAGUUCAGAAGGACUAUGUGAGUCUUCAACUGCAUGAGGAAAUGAAGGCUGCCUUGAGUAGGAAGGGGGAGGAACUGCAAAUGAAAAUUGAUGAUUUGCAGCUGAAUUACAGGAAGGUUCAGGAGGAAGUUGCACAACUGAACAAGGAAAGGGAAAGCCAGGUGAACAAAUUGCAAGCGCUACAAGAAUCCAUCAGUUCGCAGUUUGUUCCCAUGAAAGCCUACGAAGAAAACCAGGAUAAAUUUAACGCCACUGUGACCGAUCUGAACAAUCAGUUGUCGGAGAAGACUCAGCAAUGUUCUGCUGUCCAGGAGCAAGCUGAGGGGUACAAGGCAGAAAUGGAUGAGCUGGGGGAAAAGGUUAGGCAGUUGGAGGAAAGCUUGGAGUGUCAUUACAUUUCCAAAGCUGUGCACGAAGAAAUGGAAGACAAGUUGGUCAGUGGUAUGAGAGAAAAGACCGAGCAGGUAGAAGAAGUGAAGAGGAAGUUUGUGAAUGCGGAAGUGCAAAAUGAGAAGUUGCAGGCAGAGAAUGCCAGGCUGCUGUUGACCAUCCAUAAGCUGGAGGAGAAGAUAGAGUCAGAACACAUCCUCGUCGAGGAGUUUGAGACCAUGAAAAGAUCACUAGGUGAGAGGGUUACAGAGCUACAGGAGGAACAGGAAAAAAUGAAGGAGUCUUGGGCGCAGGAGCAAGCGAAAGUAGCCAGCCUCCUCCUCGAGCUGGAUGACCAGAAGAAGAAUUCUCUCCCACUUCAACAGCAUAAUGCAUUGAAAGAGAAGCUGCAAGAGGAUAUUGCAAGGCUGAAGUGCCAAGUGAACGAGAGAGAGGAAGAAAUGAAAGAGAAGGUUCUGGAGAUUUCCAGGCUGCAAGUAGAUACAGAGGCAAUGAACAGAACAAUUGAAGAGCUGAAGGCAAGGCAAGUGUUGGAUCUGUCAGAGCACGAACGCAUGAAGGCCUCCUUAGAGGCCCAGGUCAACUCGCUGAGCGAAAACCUGGCCAGCCUGAAAGAGAGGCACGAGAAGAUGUCCACGGAAGUGUUGCGCGCCAAAGAGAAGGAGUUGUCGGCUAAAGAUGAGAAGGAGACCUUUCAGUCCAGAACGUUCAGCUUCGAGCAGGAAGUAAAGGAGCUGAAGAACAAGUACGAUGAAUCCAUGGCAACCAUCUGUGAUCUGCAGAAAAGCAUUCAGGAGUCUGCCAAACAAAUUGAGGCCAAGGACAACAGGAUAACGGAGCUGUUGAAUGAUGUGGAGAGGCUGAAACAGGCGCUGAACGGUCUCUCACAGCUUUCCUACUCUGCCGGUAACACCAAGAGACCAAGCCAGCAGAUGGAGGCACUCCAGAACCAAGUCAAAACCCUGGAGCAGCGGCUGGCUGAUGCUGAUAGGCAACACCGCGAGGUUAUUGCGAUCUACCGGACACACCUCCUCAAUGCUGCACAGGGUCACAUGGAUGAAGAUGUCCAAGCUGCUUUAUUGCAGAUCAUUCGGAUGCGGCAGGAGUUUGUCUGCUAGCAGAAGGCUGCAGCCUGACUACUUACCCUGGCUGUGCUAAAGGCUGCCGCAAGUCUACUGGAAGUUGCUGGACAGUAUAUUCGGUGGCUGAAAUUGUUCAUCUUUUUAAAAUAAGCCCCAUAAUAUUGGGGGGAGAAAAGCCUAGCCUAUUCCAAUUUGCACCCUCCCACAUUCAUCAUUUCAGAUAUAUUGCUUUAUUAAGAGUACAAGUCAGUUCGUAUUAUUGGAACGAGCAAAUAAAUGCUACAGAUUGAAGUUACAUUUUCAUCUUUGAUGCCAUUGUCAUUUGAUUAGGUUUCAUGCCAAUCUUUAGCCCUGCCUGACUCCCUUGGGAAAUCUGUAGCCACAGAAGUCUGUUUUAACUUGCGCCUUGGCCCCAGGGGUUUAGUAACGUGUUGGACUUGGGUUGUGCUGUUCUGUGACAUUUACAGAACUGGAAGUGUGAAAGCCUGCUGUAAAGCCCAACAUCCGAUGGGCAAGCGUUCUAUUAGAUGUCGUCCCUUUCAUGGGCCUCCUGGGAUGCGGUGAGCUUUGAGUCCAGGAAGAUUUACAGACAUAACAAACAUAAAGCAAAUGUUUAGUUUGCUUUGAUGUCCAACGUGAGCUGCAAACACGUCGUAAAAAGAUGCAUUUUGUGUUUUACAAACCAGUGGCUGUUUCCACCAACCUUUGGCAUCUUGGCACACAGUUCCAACUUGUUUCUUUUUGCUAAUUGGCCCUCUGGAAUUUUUUUUUUGAUUUCCUUUACAAACUGACCAUUUAUUUUCUACAAAUGCGGAUACUGUUUUUGAGGAACGAAAGGAAGUAUGAAGAGAAUGUUUGAGGUGUUGAAGCCUAAUCAGAUCUUCUGAGGAUGGGUGGGAUAUCGGAACUGUUGACACGUCGUCACGAUCAAACGAGUACUAUCAGCAGUAUUUGUAGUUGUGUGCUUUCUAUCAAACUCUGAUCACGUACAGUUCCCUUCCUCUUCCUGCGCAAUCUGAGUCUCGGGUAGCUUAACAAUUCUUGUGUUUGUCCCUUGUGACAACGGAGCAAGAAGAGGGUCGGUAGGUCACAGUUAGUGCUGUGUACACACUCAGGGCGUGUGUCCCCUGACCUGUGAUGGGUUCAGCAAGGCCAUUACUAUCAUCUGAAAUACAGGCUGUCUACCCACAAAUUAAUUGCUGAAGGAUUAUAGUCCACUUCCAUCACUGAAUUGUAGUUUCCCUGUCUUCCUAUCUUUAGCAUUGAAGCUUCGAUGUACAGGGUGCAAUAACUAUCUGUAUGGAAUAAGACAGUAAUCUGAUUUCUUAAACAGUGCCUGAAACAGCCAUCAGUAUGAAGCAACUAUCAGCUAUGUGCAGAGAGCUUAACCCAGUUGAAAUCAAAAGGGGCCACCAUCAAUAUUAUUUCAAAGCAAGUAUAUAUAUCUACAGCAAUGCCACAGAUUCUCUUAAGUUUCUGUGCUGCCCCUUAAAUCCACAUUGAAGGCAAGGGUGGUGUAAUGGUUCCUUUAUCGAGUUACUUGGCUGGCCAAGUCUGAGUUUUAAUUUAACUGUUAAUCAAACUGCUAACUUUUCACAGCAAGUUUGUAGGUUUGUGUUAGGUUUCUGCUGUACACUGUUACCGCUUAGUGCAGUCAGAACUGUUCUUUUGAUUAGAUUCUCUACCAAACCGAGGUACUGUGCUAUUUCUCAGCUGGACUGGUCCUGCAAUUUUUGUUACUGAAUUAUACUGGAUACGUAAACCUGUGUUUAAUUUUGUCAGUAUUCAUCACUUUAUUCCUCGAGCACAUCAGAUAGUGACCUAUUUGUAAUGUGACUGGAUUGAAUGUUACAGAAUGAAUAUUGUACAUCUAAUUAUAGAUCUUGCUGUUCAUGA